GACGAUUCUGGUUCUUGUAUGACAAGCCUAUAUAAGCACCGCCCUUCCUUAUAAAGAUCCAAUAGUUUCCGCAAUAGCAUAGGGAGGAUGGCUACCACCGGGAAGAUGCUCGCAGUUCUGCUGACGGUUCUGGUCAUUGUGGCAACAGUUCAAGCACAGCUCUACGGGGGCCAAGGAGGCUACGGCGGUGGAUACCCCGGAGGGAUCGGAGGCUAUGACAGAGGGUUUGGUGGUGGUGGUGGAUACGACCGUGACUAUGACAGCAGCGAAGAAUACGGAAGAGGAGGAGGCAGGGGACGUGGUCGUGGGGGCAAAGGCAAAGGCUUCCGCGGAGGGCGUGGUGGUGGUGGCCGUGGUGGCGGCCGUGGUGGCGGCUAUGAUGAUUUCUACUGAUAAUACACGCUAUCGCAGGCGGACUUAUUUUGGAGUGAAAGUCUGUGAAUAUAGGGACAUUCUGUGAAAUGAAGUGUUGUUUUGUUAUGAUUCCCCGGGAAUUAAACAUCGACUUGCAUCGUAUCAAAUGGC